AUGGUCGAGUGGAUUGAAGCCUUGAUAAGUUCUGAAAGGGUUCCUGGAUCGACUCCGGUCGGCUUGGGAUUGGUUUUGCAAGAUUCAGACGUUCUGAGCUUCUUGUCUCUCAAGGAGGAGCAAUGGUCGAGUGGAUUGAAGCCUUGAUGACUCUUAAAAGGGUCCCUGGAUCAAUCCCGCUUAGCGUUUUUCAUUGAUUUUUUGCCUAUCGGAGAGGCCAGCAUUUUCUUGUUUUCUUUCUAGAUUUGAAUCUUGGUCGAGUGAAUUAAAAUCUUGAAUUUUGAAAAGAGGGUCCAUGGAUCAGUACCUGUUGGCUUCAAUUUGGAACAUUUUUUUUUCUUGCAAGAUGAAGCUUUUUUUUUGAGCUUUUCUGCCGCUUUUCCAGGCAUUCUUGUCAAAAAUUGAAGAUUUCUGGUCUCAUCUCGGCGUUUUCUUCAUGAUUUAAAAAAAAAGUUCUGUUAUCUCAGUUUUAGCAAUAAAAAUUCGAAAGAGGAGCAGACUCCCAUUCCCCAUCACCCAGAACUUCUUCGGAACUUUCGGAAUGUCGCAAAACUUUCCCAGAAACCAACGAAAAGCCCAAGUUGCUGCCAUAAAUCACAACGACCCGGCGGCUUUUUGUGAAAAAAGAAGAGAAGGAGGGGGAAAAAAUGGAACGGCCGGCGAUUUGUCAGCGACCAAAGCGGCGACUUUUUCCUUCGACAACACUUUUUUUUUCGUGGCUUAUUUUUUCCGGGAAGACUUGGGAGCUCUAGAUGAAUGAGUAAGAGUUGGGUGUUGCGAAAUUUUUUGGUUUUUAGCAGUUUUUAGCCGAAAUUGUGAUCAUUUUUAGUUUUUCAGUGGCCACUAUAGGGUUUUGACGUUUUAGUGGCCUCUAUAGUAAUCAAAUUAAUGGCCACUUAAGGGGUUAAAAAUAAGUGGUCACUAUAGAGGUCUAAGUGCUACUACUAGAAAUUUUAGUGACCACUUUAGGGGUCAAUGGAUCAACAUAACUGGUCCAAUCUGUUUGUUUUAAAAUUAUCAGAGUUACUGGAAGGAAUACUGGAUGGAAAACUACUGAAGUGGCCUCUAAAACGGAAAAUAGUGGCCACUUUAGUGUCCUCUGUUUCAAAAAGAUUCCAUACCAGAAAGUUGUGAAAACUUUUUUUCUUAAAUACAAAAAUUAGCUUUUUAUUGAGCUAUCUUUCUUGGGUUAACAAAAGCUCUGAAGAUCAAGUGCUAUUUUUCAAAAAAUUCCAAGAAUUUCCCACCUUUUCAGGUCAAAUCUAUACUCAUUCGAAUUCCCACCGAGACCUGAAAAAACUACUAAAAGAUAAAAAGCGUUCUGGUUGUUCUCCUUGUUUGGGCCCCUUCUUGAUAAAGAUCGGGCCCGACGGGGGUGCAAAACCAAUUCGUCAAACGUCGCACAAACACCGAUUCCGAGGCCGGAUAAGGUCUUUUUGAAGUGUCACAGGCCGAAAAGCGUUUGAAGGAUUCUCUUCUGCCGCACUCAUUCCGAUGUUAAUCUAUUCAUGAAUCGCAGCCAAAAGUGAAACUGUCACCGUGUCUUCCUUUUUUUUUUCUUAGCCCACUUUACUGUUUCUUGUAAAGAGACCGCGACGCGUUGGUCAUGCGACGCGGCUCUACCGUAAUAUCUUGAUUUUUGGCGGGAAACUUGAUUGAAUAGAAAUUUGAUACUGGAGAAAAAAGGAGAAAAUGUUGAUUUUUCGAAAGAAAAUAAUCCGAUUUUUGAUUUUUUUUUUUAAAUGAAAAACAAUAAUAUCUUUCUUUUUCUUAGCCCAUUUUGCUGUCUCUUGUAGAGACCGCGACGCGUUGGCCAUGCGACGCGGCUCUACCGUAAGAUUUUUGAAUUUUUGGCGGGAAACUUGAUUGAAUAGAAUUCGUGACUGUCUCUGAGUUCAUAGCCAAUAAGCUUAAAUUUCAUAAGGAAAAAUAUUCGACUUCUGAUUUUUCUAGUUUUUUACUCUUUGACCUUACAAGGGGAUCAUUUUAUUAUGCGGUUGGGAUUAUUCUGAAAAUCGGUCAGGAAACUUCUUGACCCAACAGAUGAGAAGUCUCAAAAUCUUGACCUGCAAAAAUUUUUUGUUUUUCAGAAAUGAGGGCUCAAAGGUAACGAAAAUAAUUUUACUACUAUAGUGGCCCACUAAAACGUCAAAACCCUAUAGUGGUCACUAAAAAUUUUCCCCUUGGGGAAUUCCUUAAAUAUUAAUUUUUGCUGGUCCCUCGAGAAAAAGAGAUCAACUUUGCACGGUGGCGUGCACAUCUUGUUAGGUUGUAGAAGAUUAGGAUCGGCUGGCGGCGACGGUCUUCGUCUUCUUCUGCGAGUCGAGGGCAGCGGUACACAAGCGAUUAGAGACUGCGCCUGUCGAUGGCGUUUAUGACCACCGCGGUGAUGUAUCGGAGGCCUCGGCAAGAGGUGGAAGGACCUCUUUUACGAGCACGCGUAUGGACCUCACACCUAGCCAGUAG